AUGCGCCUUUGGGGCGGCUGCCGGCCGGCCGCCGGGUCCGGGCUCCGGGCGCAUGCGUGCCACCCAGGAGGGAGACGGGUGGGCGGGGCCGGAGCGCCGAGCCCCAGCCCUGAUUGGUCUUUCCCCCCCCCCAACCUCCCCGCCUCCUCCCAGGCGGUCGACGUCACCGCGCCAGCCGGCCCUCCGAUUGGUCGGCGUUGCUGCCACCCACGUGGGUCUCCCGCCCCGCCUCCCCCCUCCCUCGACCUCUCCCUGCCACGCUGGCCGAAGGCCCCGCCCCUCUCCCCCUCCUCUCCGUCCAAUCAGCGCCCGCCCAGCCGCCGGGCCCCGCCCCCUGGCCGCCAGCGCGCCUGCGCCGACCUCCCGAUCGCCGCCGCGCCGCUCGGCUCCCCUCAGUCCGAGCGAGGCGCUCGGCGAGGACGGACGCGGGAGCCCCGUUCGCCGCCGCCGCUGUGCAGCCACCCUCCUCCUGUGCUCGCCGUCCAUUUUCACCCCGUGGGGGACGGCGGCCCGCCGCCCGUUGACGAGGGCGGAUUAUCCGAAGCGUUGCCCCCCCUCCCUCCUCCCCCUGGGUGUGAGGUUGGCUUCCCCGGGCUGCAAUCACUGGGACCCGCCGUUGCAAGACCCCCGCCUCCCUUCCCCCUUCCCCCCCCCUCCCUCCCCAUCUCGACGUGCAAUGCAACCGAGGGGGCGUCUCUGGGCCGUGCAUUCGCCUCGCUGCCCUUUGCAAUCAUGUCCCCCUUGCUGCUGCUUCUGCUGCUGGCGGGCACCGUGCGAGGGGCGUCGCAGGAGCUCUCGUCCACCCGGGCGGCCGAAGCUACCUGUGGCAACAAAUUCCACAGAUUCACCACUCCGAGACCUGGGACUCAACACCUCCCUCUAACUGGAUCCUUGACCCUAACAAACACCACAGUCAGUGAGGACAGGCAGCAAUACCUCCGGCACGAUUAUUCUCAACACUGGUGCCCCACAAGGCUGCGUCCUCAGCCCUCUACUCUCCAUACGUUCAUGACUGUGGCCAGAUUCUGCUCUAACUCUAUCUACAAGUUUGCAGAUGACACCACCGUUGUUGGCCGUAUCUCAAACAGCGAUGAGUCGGAGUACAGGGAGGAGAGAGAGAGCUUAUUGGAAUGGUGUCAGACAACUUUUUCCUCAAUGUGAACAAAACAAGAGCUGGUCAUUGACUUCAGGAAGGGGGGCUGUUCACAUGCACCUGUUUACAUCAAUGGUGCUCAGGUCCAGAGGGUUGAGAGCUUCAAGUUCCUGGGAGCAAACAUCACCAACAGCCUGUCCUGGUCAAAUCACGUAGAUGCCAUGGUCAAGAAAGCUCACCAGCACCUCUACUUCCUCAGGAGGCUAAAGAAAUUUGGUUUGUCCCCUUUGACUCUCACUAACUUUUACUGAUGCCCCAUAGAAAGCAUCCUAUCUGGAUAUAUCAUGGCUUGGGACGGCAACUGCUCUGCCCAGGACUGCAAGAAACUGCAGAGAGUUGUGGACACAGCCCAGCGCAUCACGGGCACCAGCCUCCCCUCCUUGGACUCUGUCUUUACCUCUCACUGUCUUGGUGAAGCAGCCAGCAUAAUCAAAGACCCCACCCACCCGGGACAUUCUCUCUUCUCCCCUCUCCCAUCAGGUAGAAGAUACAGGAGCCUGAGGGCACGUCCCACCAGGCUCAAGGACAGCUUCUACCCCACGGUGAUAAGACUAUUGAACGGUUCCCUUCUACGAUGAGAUGGACUCUGACCUCACGAUCUACCUUGUUGUGACCUUGCACCUUAUUGCACUGCACUUUCUCUGUAGCUGUGACACUUUACUCUGUACUGUUAUUGUUUUUACUUGUACUACAUCAAUGCACUCUGUACUAACCCAAUGUAACUGCACUUUGUAAUGAAUUGACCUGUACGAUCGGUGUGCAAGACAAGUUUUUCACUUUACCUCGGUACAAGUGGCAAUAAUAUACCAAUACCAAUAAAGAAAUUUCCCUGCAUCUGUUCUGAAUGGGUGCCCUUCAAUCCUGAAACUGUGCCCUCUUGUAUUAGACUCCCCUACCAUGGGAAACAACUUUGCCCCAUCUACUCUAUCCAGGCCUUUUAACAUUCCAAAUGUUUCUAUGAGGUCCCCCCCCCCUCAUUCUUCUGAACUCCAAGGACUACAGCCCAAGAGCCAUCAAAUGCUCCUCAUAUAUUAACCCCCUUGUUCCUGGAAUCAUUCUGGUGAAUCUUCUCUGAACCCUCUCCAAUGUCAGCACAUCCUUUCUUAAAUAAGGAGCCCAAAACUGCGUGCACUGCUCCAGCUGAGGUCUUCCCAAUGCCUUAUAGAGCCUCAACAUCACAUCCCUGCUCUUCUAUUCCUCUGAAAUGAAUGCCA